CUUUGACGAUUUGAAAAUCUGUCAUCAGAGGGGCAUGUGUUUAUUUAUUGGGCUUUACGGUGGUUUGAUGGAUGACAACUUCGUUGGGCUUCACUGUUUAUUUCUAUAUCGCCUGGUUUUGCAGCCCUCAACGCAAAAAAUGAUGCAGGCAGAUGUCCAGUUCUUCUGCAGUCAGUGUUAACCUUACUUCAUGACAAGUGAUACAGUUACUAGUACUGCAUUUUGUCUUAGAUGCUUCCAUAUGAUGUUAUGACUGAUAGACACUUAAAAUGUCCAAUGAAGGGCCAGAAAUGGAGCUGCAAGAGAUACUGUUGUAUAGUUCCAGGCAUGGUGAUUCUGUAAUGGUACAGGAGCUUCUUUUAGCGCGCAAAGAUGGAAAGAUUAGAUUGGACAUAAGCUGCAAGGGGAAGAGCAAAAGUAAUUUAGGCUGGACACCUUUACACCUUUCUACAUACUUUGGCCAUAAAGAUGUGGUUGAACUUCUCUUGACCCAUGGUGCGGAUAUCAAUGCUGUUAAUGAUGUUGGAGAUACGGCAUUGCACAAAGCAGCAUUCACUGGCAGAGAGGACAUUGUUGUUCUCCUGUUACAAAACAAUGCAAAAGUUGAUGUAAUAAAUGGAGAAGGCCAAACACCAAGAGACUUGGCCAAAAAUGAAGAUGUUGCAAAACUGCUUUGGGCUGCAGAAAAAACAGACAUGCGCCACAAAGAGGAAAGGCUCCUUGCAGCAGCGAGAGAAGGGGACCUAGACACUUUGAACAUUUUGUUGAAAGAUGAGAGGCCACCAAGUAUAAAUUGUGUAGAUGCACAAGGAAAUUCUUGUCUUCAUUGUGCGGCAUAUAGAGGGCACAAGGAGGCAGCAGUACUUUUAUUACAGAAUGGCAUUGACACCACAAUUCAGAAUACUCGAGGACAAACUGCUGUUAAUUUAGCAAGGGAUCCACAUAUGCAACAAGUUCUGUGUGUCCGACCAGUACGUCAACUUCAAAAGUCUGCUGCACGUUUUGAAGGACAACUUCUUAAGCGAUCACGAUUUCUUGGUUGGAAGCCAAUGUGGGCUGUGCUGGAACGUGGGGUUCUUACAUAUUUCAAUAGCAGAGCUGAUGCUUCCACAGGAUUUAAGAGAAAGGACUUUAAGUAUCUUGAUGGUGCAAACAUUUUACCACUUGACUGUGAUAAUUCAUCAUUUGUUGUGCAUUUCUCAGAUGGAGCAGUCCAUCGACUUAGUGUUGUAAAUUAUGGAGAAACUACAGGACAGAUAAGCAGACAGAAAUGGAUCAAUGCAUUUUCAGAACAUGCAGAAUUCAGCACGCACUACUUAAGUCAAGGUCAUAUUAAACAUGACAGUGAUGAAGAGGAUGACAACAUUAAACCGCUUGGGUCCAUGCAGGAUGCUCUGCAGACUGCUGCUGCCCAUCAUCAGGUAUUAGAAAAACAACUUAGAGACAGCACAGCUGUAGUUGAAGUCUUGAGUAAUAAUAGUCUUGCAUCUGACACAAUUACAGGAGCUGCUAUAAGAAGAUUCCAGGCUUUGUCUGACACUGCUGGUGACAUGCUCUCUUCCCUUGGGCAUUGUCUCUCUCUGUUUCAGCAACAGGAAGAGGUAAGAAUACUGCAGUUGAAACAAGAACAGGAGAAGUGCCGAGUUCUAGAAGAAGCCCUUAAUGUGCUGGCAAAAGAGCAUCAUGAGCUGGAGCAAUCAAUGGCAUCACAUCUGUCAAAUCCUUCACUCCAUAACAUGGUGGAUGGUCCAACUCCAAGGAGAAGUCCUCGUUUUUAUGACACAUCUGAUGAUGAGUUUUAUGAUGCAUUUGAAGCAGAUUCAGAUAGUGAUACUAUCGUGACGGCAGCAUCACCUACCUCUGAUAGUGACACGCUUGUGAGCUUUCCUUCACCUGCUUCCUCCUGUGCCACUUUGGUUUCGGCAGGGGGGCAUGCUUACCAUUGUGCUAGAGAUCUUCCAUAUGACACUGUGGAGAAGAAAACUGUUAGUAGACAAUGUUUGCCUGUCCCAAUGUUCAGUCGAAAUGAUUUUUCAUUGUGGUCUGUGCUGAAGAACUGCAUUGGAAAAGAACUAAGCAAGAUAACAAUGCCAGUGAUUUUUAACGAGCCUCUCAGCUUUUUGCAGCGGAUGGUUGAGUAUAUGGAAUAUGCUCACCUCCUACAACGGGCAUCUGAGGCAACUGAUCCAGUUUCUCGUAUGCAGUAUGUGGCAGCGUUUGCUGUAAGUGCACUUGCGUCUAAUUGGGAACGUUUGGGCAAACCAUUCAAUCCACUGCUUGGUGAAACAUACGAGUUGGAGAGAGAUGGAUACAGAGUGAUCUGUGAGCAAGUUAGCCACCAUCCUCCAGUCUCUGCCUUUCAUGCAGAUUCUAAGGAUUUCAUUUUUCAUGGGUCCAUACAUCCUAAACUAAAAUUCUGGGGAAAAAGUGUUGAAAUCCAGCCGAAAGGUGUUGUUACUGUAGAAUUGCCUAGGUGGGGUGAGGCAUAUACAUGGACCAAUGUGAACUGCUGUGUCCACAACAUUAUUGUUGGAAAACUUUGGAUGGAACAGUAUGGAACGAUGGAAGUUGUAAAUCAUUCAACUGGUCAUCGUGCAAUUUUAACUUUCAAGCCAGCAGGGUGGUUAUCCAAAGAUCUCCACAGAGUUGAGGGCUUUAUUAUGGACAAAAACAAGAAGAAAAUAAACUUCCUUUAUGGAAAGUGGACGGAAUUCAUUCGCUGUACAGAUAUAAGCUCCUAUGAUGAUUAUAUGAAAGAAAAUGCUCACAAAUUCAGAAGAGAUGGCGAUAAAGGAAAGGGAUCUACACCUACAGAUAGCCCAUCAAAUACUCCAAAAAAAGUUUUAGCUAAGCUCAACAGUUUAAAAGUUGGACCAUUUAAGAGCAACUCACAGUCUGAGGCAAGCUUUAGUGCUGAUGAUGGAUGUCCAAUACCUGAACCAGUGGAUGGUGAUAUUCCAAAAUGUGAUUCCACCUACUCCAUUGAUAUUCCCAAUUCAGUAACCAUGUGGGAGGCUGACCCACGACCAGAAAAUGCGGCAGAUUACUACCAAUUCACUUUGUUUGCCAUGUCCUUGAAUGAAAUGGAGGAAGGAAUGAGGGAGAAACUGUGUCCCACUGACUGCAGAUUACGACCAGAUAUACGGAAACUUGAAGAAGGAGAUAUAGAUGGUGCUGCAGCAGAAAAAACUAGACUGGAAGAAAAGCAGAGAGAUGCCAGAAAAGCUAGAAAAGGAAAGAAAGCUGUUGAAUGGGCGCCAAGAUGGUUCACUCAAGGAACAAAUCCAUAUACAAAACAAGAAGACUGGUUGUAUAGUGGGGGAUACUGGGAUCGUAAUUUUACUCAUAUUCCAGAUAUUUUUUAAACAGUACAGAAUACCAUGAGCAUGGUUCCUGAUGGACACCACAAUGAAAAUUAAAAAACAAAAUUACACCUGAGAGUUAACAGACUACUGAUAAUUUGUGAGUGUGCCUAAUGAAUGAAAGAGGUGGGACCAUUAAUGUAGUAGUCUUCCAGGUAUACUCUCUGCCUGGUAACUGGUGUGUUCCCAUUCAAAUUGCUCCCGAAUAUUUGUAUGUGGUGAUGAAGACAAAAUGAUUAUGAGUUGACAUUGUAAAUUAUUGUGAACUGUCAUAAAAGUCUAUGUUCUGUUGACUUAUAGUGUAUAUGUGUUUUAUAGUAUGCAGCUGUUAAUAUGGAAUGCAGUUUGUACUAUAUUAUUAAUCAGUUAUGCAUAACACAAAAUGCAUAAGAAAAUUUGAUUGUGAUAUUACAACAUCUUACAUUCACUAGUAUGACAGUGAUAGUGCUCAGUUGCAGGCCAUUUAUUUUGCAUGACAUGGUUUUGGUAGCUGCAAUCUUCAUCAUUUGUGAUGAUCCCUUUUCCUCAGGCAGAUUGUAUUGUGACAUAAUUUCACUCUGUUAAUAUCUUCAGUUAUUCAGUUGGUGUAAGGUUUCUUUCAGUUAGCUGUGAUGCUGAAGUAUGGAAUAUUCUGAAAUUGUUGGAGUUUUGACAUAAUGUUAUAUUAGAACAUUACAAAUGGUGACAUGUGAGUUGUUUGGAUUGAUAAGGUUGUGUGAAAAAACAUACCACUAUUAUUUGUAAUCAGAUGGAGGGUAACCAAUUAAUAAUUCGUGCUUGUAUAUGCUUUAUUUCAAUAUCCUUUACAAGAGUUACUUAAAAACAGAACAUUUGUUUUCUAUGUAGGAUGUGUUGUAUGUAUGUGAUGUUUUAAAUGUGUUUACUUUCCUGUAUAUGUAAAUAUCUUAUUCUUAAGAAGAAGAAAGUUCUGAAUGUGGAUUGAUAGAUCAGUUUGUUAUUCUUACAUGUUUGUUAAUACUCACUGUUAUAGACAACCUCUGUAAUGCAGUUUGAUUUCUGUUGAUAUAUAUUCAUUGAAUUCUUCACUGUCAGCUCUAAAGCAUUAUAUUUACUUGAUAACUGUCUGUAAAUGUGUGUCAUAAAACAAUAAUAUAGUAGGUUUGAGUAAUAGAAAUCAGUGGUUGUAAAUUAGAUAUACUGGUAAAUAUGGUUGUGUGUGGUGCUAAUACCACUUUUGGCACUGGCUUUGUCCAGUCGUAGUAGCUAAGUAUCAACUAUGUGGCAUGUGGCAUAGUCUUGCAGCUACAUAAACACAAUACACAGUAAGUCUAAAUACAUGUACAAAAGCUCAGCAGUGUCAUUAAUAAUAGCAGCCAUUAUUGUAGUAAGAUGUGAGGACAUUAUUCUUGUUCUAACAAGACUCAAAAGAUAUGCAGUUUUAGUACAGUUAGUUCGUGUUGCAUUUGUAAAUGUGCAGGUAGUCACAUUAAUCUGACACUGAUGUUUAGCUAGUCCAUUAAAUUUACAACUGGCCUAUUGUGACUGUGUAUCAGAACAAUCUUAGAGGGACAUUUGUAUCAUUAGUAUGCGUUACUAUUUGUCAACUGAAUUUUAUUUUGUAUAAGCAGUGCAACACAUUUUGCUUUAAGUUAAAGAAAUGUAUUAAGUAACUUUGCAAUUUAUAGCUCUUGUGCAACAGAAGAUUGAAAUGCUUUUGCUGUGAAGUUAAGUCUAGCACACUACUGUAUUGUGGUAGUGUAAUACUUAGUACAGUGCAUAUAAAAUGUGUGUAAUUUGAUGAUGGUUACCCAUAGGUUGCUGAACUGGUACAAACAGAUACCGUCUUAGUGUUAUUCCAAAGUGACUAGCAUUAUAUGCACACAAAACUGUUACAAAUCUGUCAAUUUGUGUGUAUUACAAUAUUGUUGCAUUAAUUGACAGUACAAAAUUACAGAUCAUAGUUACUGAUACUCAAGAGUAAGUUUUUGUGCACUAGCUGGAACAAUUAGAAUAAGGAAAUAUGCAGCUAUUUUAUACUGUGUUACAAGCCCGAUAACUAAUUAUUUUCAUAAACUACUGCCAUUAUUUCGAGCAGAAUAGGAGCAACACGGGGUGUGAAGUGAUUCAGUAAGUAACUUAGCUAAAUACUAACUCUAUUUUUCAUCCCAUCUCUUUUCAAAGUAAUUUACCAUUUAAUAAAAUAUUAUACUAAUAGAGAUCAGAGUCUCUAAAUGGACACCGUUGCACCCACUCCCGAAUUUCCUGUGCCCGUAUCCUUCGUCUGCAAACUCAUCUCCCCCUUCCCUGCACACAUCUCUUUCUUCGUUAGAGUUUGAUACUUGACAAAUUCUAAUUGUUGGGGCCAUACCUUCGUCAUUUUCAGUUUUUGUUCUCCUCUUCUUGAGCCUUAUGAGCAGGUAUCUGAUUUGGGAGAAGCACUUUUUUUGUAUUUUUGUGUCAUUUCUUUACAGACUUCAUGACAUGGAUGUUUGGACCUUGAAUAAUGCAUCUGUAGGCAAAAUUCAACUUGUUUAAUAUCACAGCAAGAGGUAGCAUUCGGAUCUAUGGAACAAGCAGUUAACUAAUUAAUCAUAUACUGACGUGGUGCUGAUAACAACACAGGCAGUAUUCCCAAAAACUAUAUGCUUAGUUUUAAGCAGGUUGUUGUAGUAUCUGGUCAUAAUUCAUUGAUUCAGUUAGUAACAUUUAUUUUCUUGUGCCACACUAUAUAUGCAGGUAUUGAUUUAGGGAGCCUUUGAGAAAUAACGUUUAAGUCUCAGUGCACUAUGAACUUUCAAAGUAUAGGGAAAUGUUGACUUCAGGAAAGUCAUUAGUAUUAACUCACUUCCUGUACUAUUUCUUUUAAUGAUAGUUCCACUAAUUAUUUAGUUGUUAUGAUUAAAUAUUCAGUUUCUUUUAUUAUCUAAGUUAAAUUGCUGCUCAGACUUCCACAUAAUGUGUAUAGGUGGUUCGUCACUUUCCUUCCAAGAAUCUCUCUAAAACAAAAACUUGAAUGCUGAUCUUAAUGUGUCACUAGAGAGAGAGAAUGAAUAUAAAAUUAAGCAAUGCAUCAAAUUAUUCAAAAGAAUUCUGCUAUGUAACUUAUUGUUGAACACAACUAAUAUCAAAAUAAGAGUAGUAUUUUCGUAAGCUUUUGUGCAGGUACAUUGAAGAUUCAGUUUUUACGUAAAUGUUAAACUGCAUUUAUAAUUAAUAAAUAGCUUUAUUGCAACAAAUACUUCUGCCUGUGGACUUUGUUGAGAAUCAGAGUGAAAUAUUGGCCAUUGAGAUUUCUAAGAAUUGGCAAUACUUUCUUUUUAUAAAGAUCAUAUUGUAGAUGCAGUCUCUCUGCAGUGGUGUAAUUAUUUUUAAUAAAGACUGUUUUCACUAGCAGGUUAUUUCUGUCUGGAAUAGUAUUUAUAAUUUUUCCAUAAAGACUAGUAACAGCACUUGUAUGAACUACAAGCUUAAACAAGAAAAAACCAACAUAAGCAAUAAUUGAAGUCAAAUACUUGAUGAGACUACAACUGAGUACAAAAGAUUUGUCAGCCACUUCUAUUGUAACUACUGGUUGUUGGUACUCACCAUGUAGCGGAGAUGCUGAGUCACAGAUAGGCACAACCAAAAGACUCUCACAAUUAAAGCUUUUGGCCAUUGGCCUUCAUCAACAAUAGACACAUACACACACAAACACACACACAAACGCGUGCGCGUUUGCAUGCCCCCCCCUCCCCCCCCUCCCAAACGCACACACACAACACAUGCACACAUGUGCAAAUGCAACUCAAAGCUUUAAUUGUGAGAGUCUUUGUGUUGUGCCUCUCUGCAAAUCAUCAUCUCCACUAUACAGUGAGUAGCAACUUUCUUUCUCAUAAUAUUGUUACAUUCCAUCCUGGGUUUUCCAUUGUUUGAUUUUUGUAACUACUGGUUGUUAUUUUUUAUAUGUUUUACUGACUGUGGUAGAUGCUAUGUUAAAACAGUAAUUUCAUUUUAGCAAAUAAGUUAUAUUGUGUUCAUGUUCAGGUGACCUCUCCAAUUUUUUAAAAUUAAAUUCAUUGCAUGUACAAGAACAUUAUGUCAUUAAAAAAGAAAAAAAAAAGCAAUUAUUCAGCUGCACUGGCAUACAGUUCUUUUCUCUUUUCCUUUAGUUAUCUAUUGAAAAUCUCCAGCCAAUUCCCUGCACCAUUUAUUUGAGAACAUUUCAAACAAAUAUUAAAGUCAAUUAAUCAAGUGAGAUGUGUGAAAUUACUUCAGUGCUGUUUUGUAAAAUAUAUUUUGAAAAUUACUUGUCUCAAUCUGAUUUGAAGAUAGCGUAGGAUGUAACACUUGUCCACCUCUUAGUUUAGCUGUUAUUCUAAUUCUGAGAGUUAAGUUUUCUUAAGGACUUUUCAUUCAUAUCUAUGCAAUUUAUGUACUGUAGCAACUAGACUGUGUGUUAGAUCAGUUGCUGACAUCAUAUGUGGGGUUUUAAUAGCCCUCAAGAGAUGUCUCUUACGUCAAGAAGGGGGCACAUUAAAUUUCACAGUUGGUAAUAAAUUGUAGAUCUCACACAUUUGUUGUGUCAUUAUAUGUUUUCUACCAAUAUGGUUUGUAAUAUAUACUUUGAGUUUCUAUAUUUUAACUAUUUUCUCUAGACAUAGACUUGCAGUCUUAUUAUGGUUAUUGGUCUACUGUGAAGACUGGCAAUCUAAAUUUUGUAUUCUUUUUUAUUUUAUCUAUGUCAGUAUCACAGGCACAAAAAUCUCAAAAAAUAUUUAACCUUUUCUUGUGCGGUUUACUACUGAAUUUUAAUACUGAUCUGAAAUGAAUAAUUUCAUAGAUUCUAGUUUAAUAAGUAUGAAUUAAUCAGAUUUUUUAAAAUAAUUUAUCAACUCCAACUCUGAAAUUAAAAUCAUCUUGAAAAGACCAGAGGCCAAAAUGUCAGGUUCAAAAUGUUUGUGGGAAGCUCAGAGCUCAGAAAGUUACAUGAACUUUGGUUCACUGUUGACAAAUUUUUGUAUUGCUGAGGUGAAAUGAAGAAACAUUCUGGAGACUCAAAGAUAAUUUUAUAUUCAAUAGUAAUAGUUAGAUGUUGAUGUGCAGUGUUGGAAUUAUCUACAGCUAUUUUUCAGUUGUGCUAGGUUUUUUGUGGCAGAAAUUUUAUUAAUGCAAAAAAACACUUUUUGAAUUGUUUGACUAUAUACAUUUCAUUACUGUGUCUACACAUUCCCAUGUUUCUAACAUUCUUUACACUUGUAAAUUAGCCUUAUUACGUUUUACAGGUUAAGGUAGUCUUGCCUUUUUAUUUGAUAUUACUUGUUUUUAUAUUGUCGAAAUGACAUAGUAACAACAACUUUUCCAUACAUGUCACCAGGCAAACUUUUCUGUAUGUAUAGGCAAAUUGUAUAAUCUGUGCACAAUUUCUGUGGCAGAAAGAAUUGUCAUUCUAAAGAACAGCAAAUACACUAAGAUUAAGUGAUAAAUAGGAAAAAAAAUUAUUUAAAAUAUGGGCUGCUAAUGAUGUGGUUAUUGUGUAAUAUGAUCACAAUCAGCAGAAAGUGCUUCUCCUCAUGUAUGAAUUUGUGUAAAUUUAGGAAAAAUUGUACAAAGUAGUGUCAGUUUUGUAGUAUCAAAGUGCUUGUUAAUGCAGCUUAUAUUCUUAUUAAAAUGAAGAUGUUAUGUACAUAUUUGUUAUUGAAGUUUAAGUUGACAAGAACAGAGCAAUAAAGUACUGUAA